AUGGACUACCUUACGACGAACUUCCCAGGGGACAUGUCCAUCAACCAUUAUGAGCCGUUCAGGCUGCUGGAGCUGCCACUAGAGGUGUUGAUCAAAGUGUUGAUAUUCCUGGACGUGCCAGACCUCAUCAGUCUGAGCAAGACGUGCCAUUACUUGAAGGAGGUUGCCAACGAGAGGUUUAUAAGCCGGUGUCGGUUCUACUACACAAGAAACAGGCUCAACUGCAGAAUUGGCCUGCGGCCAGAUACUACUGUGCUGUACGAGCAGCAUAUAAUACCGAACAAGGACAUCACAGUGAGUGCCGAGCUGCUGUCGACAGCCUCCACGCUGGAGAAGAACCUCCGGAGGGAUUCCUUAAGCAAGAGCUUGAGGAAGAGACCAAGCAUCGAGGAGUUGAAGCAGAAGAGAAUAGUGAGGAACCCGGACACGGGUGCUGUGGACGAUAUCAAGUUGAAAUUGCAGAAUGAGGCGCUGUCAGAGAUGCUCAAACUGUUGCUGAGGAGCUGGAGAUUCCAAAAGAAGAUUGUGAAGAGUGAUGUUAAGAUGUUUGUCGAAAACGACAUGGAUGCAGAGUAUAUGCAAAUUUAUCAAAAGGUGUUGAACGUUGCAACGUUCCCUAGUUUCACGCCGAAGGAGACUUCAAAGAAGUUAGCAUCGAGCUCAGUAUCCUCACCAGCGUCAUCAGCUGGUUCGUCAUCGUCGCGCCAUUGCUCUGUGGACUCGACAUCUGAUAAUAGCCCACCACAGACGCCUGUAAUGAGUCGCGUCACUAGUGGCGACUUCAGCACAGAAUCAACUCCUGACCACGACUUGAACAGUGGUGAUAUACAAUCAAUUCAUGCAGUGGACACAGUUGAUCAUGGAAUACCGAUGACUCCACAGAGAGGGAAUGAUGGUUCAGCAUCCCAUCCUUCAAGAAGAACAGAAUCUCUCAAUAUGAAAGAUCAAUUACACUCUGUGAGUAUGCGAAAGAAGUACUUCGAAGAGCUUGCGUCAGAUGCAAGCCAUCCUUCAGGUUCUAGGAGAUCUAUCUCAAGUCCUGAAAAAGUAUUGAACCACAUUGAUCGGUGCAAGGAUCCAAAACUAUGGGGUAAACCAAGUAGAACAAUGUUGAAGGCCCUUGUUGAUGAUGAUGUCAUCCAUUAUGAGAAGCUAAAAUGA